CUGAAUAACAACCUUGGAACCCAAUUCAGCCAGGAUUAGGCACGGCCAAGACAUGUCAAGCAACCGUCUUCCCUCAGCUCUUAUUCACUUUCUCGACAUAUCUCGGUCCGACCCUACUAACCGCACCAUUGUCUAAUUGCCAGGCAUUUGCCUCAAUAUGGACCAGAAAGUUCUUAUAUUCGGCACAGGCAGCAUCGGCACCGUGUACGCCUGGGUCGUGUCAAAUACAACAUCGCCAGAUAAUGUGGUUUGCGUUUGCAGAUCAAAUUACGAAGCGGCAAAGACGAGCGGCUUCACAUUGAACUCAACGAUUUGGGGCCAAAACCUCAAGUUUCGCCCUACGAUUGUGCAGUCCGUCGCGGAGGCGGCCACUUACUCACCAGAGAACACCAACGACGAUGUGCAGGAGAGACAAGGCCGGCGAGCAUUCGACUUCAUCAUCCUGACCUCGAAAGUCCAUACCGGUGGUGUCUCACCGUCCACCGCAGAGAUCCUCCGGCCGGUUGUCACCCUAGGUCACACCGUCAUCGUGCUGAUCCAGAAUGGCAUCGGCAUCGAGGACGAGUAUGCAGAGCUGUAUCCAGACAACCCGUUGUUGUCGUGCGUCGUGCGCGUCCCCGCGACGCAGACCAGCCCGGGAGUGGUUGAGCACAAGGCAUUCGAGGGUUUGAGCGUUGGGACUUACCCCUCUUUCCCACCGGACUCUGCCCCGAGUGAGGCUGGCAAUGACAAUGAGGCAUUGGCGGCUGACGGAGGCAGAUGGAACAGGGGUGGCACCGCUACGAUCUUCGCACAAAGAUCCUCGGCCGCAGCAAACAAGUUCAUCAGCAUGAUCACGGCUGGCGGCGCAACCGCUACCCUGUACCCAGACAUCCAAGCUCAACGAUGGCAGAAGCUUGUCCUUAAUGUCGCUUGGAACCCCGUCACGGCGCUAUCGCGGUUGAGAGACCAGCACUUUCUCCGGACCAGCUCUGUCGCGGGCCACCACUCGUCGACAACCCCGGGCUGGCCCCUUUCGCCAUCGACACUGUCACCACGGGAACUUGAGCAACUCGACCCAGAGUUCAGCUCGCUCGGCUUCGUCCGGGAUCUCAUGCUCGAAGUAGCGCGAACUGCGGCGGCGUAUGGGUAUGGCGAAGUGUGUGACUCGCAGUUGGUCGAGAAGACGCUGGAUCUCUUUCUCGCGAUGCCACUUGAGGGGAUCCAGUCCAGCAUGAUGGCGGACGCGCUGCAGGGGAAGAGUAUGGAGAUUGAGGCGAUUGUGGGUAACGCGGCGAGGCUGGCGAGAGCGAAGGGGGUGAGCACGCCGAUCUUGAAGACGAUCUAUAUACUGAUUAGAGGACUAGACGCGAGUUUCAGGCUAUAAACAUAGAAGCGGAUGCAUGUGCUAAAGUCCCGGG